AUGAAGAUACGGCAUGUAUUCUCAGACCAGGAACGAGCUUUUUUAGAGGACAGUCUGUCUCAGGGAGUGGUAUGCGUAUUAAAAUUUCAUUUUUAUCGUUUUAGAGAGUUGAUGGACGAAAACUUGACGAACAAAGAAAGUUGCAGAUUGAACCUGUUGCGGAAGGAAAAUGCAUGAGCGCAUCUCUCGGAGAUACUAGGUAUGCUAUUUUUUAAUCCUACUUACUAACUCCUUAUGCUAAUUUAUUUAGAAUUGACGUGGUGAUAAGCAUAAAACCAGUGGCAGCUCGAACAGUAGGUCGUCCAACUUCUGGAUUUCUCUAUUUUGAUGUCCGAAAAACAAUAACAUCCCGAUACGCCCAGCCGAUCAAAACGAGAGAUCCACCGAAGGAAUUGGAUCGAGUUCAGCCAAUUCUAAAUCGGCUUUAUCGAGAUGCGAAAGCUAUCGAACUGGAUGCCCUUUGCAUUGAAGUCUUCCAUUGUGUCUACGAAGUGCGAGUUCAGGUGAAUGUUGUACAAGAAGAUGGGAAUCUUAUUGACUGUGCCUCUGCUGCGGUUGCUGCUUCUUUGGGAGUUGUGAAGAGAAGAGCUGUAGAAUACGACCCUAACUCUGGUCUUAUACGUUUCGUAAGUAAGAACUCUAAUUAUGAUGUUCAUUUUUAGUUGAGUAAAGAAGAGAGUGUCCCUUCAAAUAUUCCCAUGAGUUUCUUGGCAUUGACAACCACCUUCACUUUCCUCAGAAAAGAGUAAGUUCUUAUCCAGUUCAUUAUUAAUGUUUUGUUUUGCCUUCGAGGAAACGCUGUGUUUUCAGUUCGGAACCGAUAAAAGACGCCUCCCUAAGAGAAUACAAAGUAUCUGAAUAUCAAAUUACAGUCGGAGUAAACCAUCGGGAUGAAGUUAUUGCUCUUUUUUCGACUGGCGGAAAUCUGUCCAUGGAAUUAAUGGAUAAGUUGCUGGAUUUGGCUCAUGCGCAAUGUAUGGAGAAUGGAAAGAUUGUAAAACAAGCGAUCGACAGGUUUGUCAAACUUGAUAUCUCUUAA